AUUUUUAAACGAGAGAUUUUUUUUCAUUUUUUUUUAAAUUUUUUUCCUGACUUCGAAGCGUCUUUGGGACUUUUUGUUUUUUAUUUUUAUUGCAUUUUUCCCGGCCGGUGUUCCCCGAGAGUGUGUUGGCUUUAGUGGCGUACAUUUUGUGACUGCAGUUUAAACUGCGCAUAAACUAGUUCUAAGUAGCUUUCACGGCAGUAUUUUUUGCUUUUAUUUUUCGGAAAUUUUAGGACAUUUUAAAGCCUGUCUUGCCUCUUUUUUGUUUUUGUUUUUUUUGUUUUACAGGGAUGCUGUGCUGUUGUUUAUCCGAAUGUGGUGACAUUUUCGUGGAGAAAAAUUCUUCCAGGCUUUUCUGGACAGUGUUUCAAAACGGGUCGUCACUUUUCUUGGAAAUACGUUUUAAAAAAAAAAACGUUUUCUCGUAUUUUUCUCCCCACUUGAUGCUUGAUUUGCGGCAGUAGACAAUGAGUGGUAUUUUCUAUUUUCUGCGUGACUUUGGCAGUGAGUGUCUCUCUGGAUUGUCAUUUUUCGGGCGAGAUGUUUUCCCUCUGUGAGAACGUUUUUGUCUUUUCUUUUUCUUUCUUUCUUUUUUUUUUUUUUAGUAACAUGAACAGUGUUUGUAUGAAUAAUAUGCACGUAGUCGACAGAGAAUUUUCUGUAGCGGUGGCACAACGUUUUAUGUGCAAUUGGUAAUUUUGAUAUGAUUCUUUAAGUUUUUGUGGGCUUUGUAGACUGAGAAAGCCAUUCACUCAAUAGGAGUUCACUCCGAGCUGUGCAGCUGCAGGAGGCCUGCAGAGGGGCCUGCAGUGAGCUGCAGCCAGGCUUAUUAUUUCUGUAUAAAUGUCUUCUUCCUAUAAAUUAUAUUUGGCUUGUUAGUCGUCUAUUGAUGUGUGAACAUCUUCAAAUUGAAUCCAGGUUUUGUUGUGGGAAGGCAACGUGGAGUGAUAAUACCCCUCCCCAAAAUGACCAAAUACCUGUUUUGUGCCCUGCUGUACCCCCACCGCCCCUGUCCUCUGGAAGUGUCCUUGAGCAGGAGGGACACUGUUCUGCAGCUGACUCUUUAUUCUAAAGACUGUUUUGUAGUGGUGCAGGACCUAGACGCAAUUACCUGCCAACUUAGACAUUAGACAGACUUAGACAGACAUUUAUACCUGUGAGCUCGUCAGUCUGUCUUGCUCUGUAAUAGUCACCCAAAUGCUAGUCGGGAGUGUGUCUUUUUUUGCCUGUCUAGUAGUUUUCCUACUUCGUUCUUCACUUUCCACUUCCUGCCUCACUUUCGAUAAUUGUGACGGGAACUUAACCCGACGUUUUCGCUCAGCGUGAGUCAUACAAAUGUCUGUAUCUCCACACCGCUUCAGCUAACCUUACCGAUUCUCUGUUGGUCCAAAACAAUUACUUUGAAAGUUGCGGAAAUGGAGAAGCAGCCGGAAAUAUAAGAGAGUAAAUACGCUGCUACCAAACGGACCUAUCGGAGCUCUCUCACUCUGCUUCGCCGCGGCGCAUAGCUACAUUUCCAGGGGAGGUGCGCGUCAUUAGCUGCAUUUCCAUUACGCCUUUUCACAAGAUAAAAGCGAUAUUUUUGAAAUUGUGUUAAAGUGCAAUCGUAUGUAUUUCCAUUUGGUGUUUUGCGAAUGAGCUGUAAUCACCUUAAAGUCUUGUCUCGCGAUAUCCCAUAGUUCUGUUUAGGGGUGGACGAUAUGGCAAAAAUAUCAUAUCACGAUUUCGAUUUUUAUCACGAUCUUAAAUUGAAAAAUGAAAAACAGACAAUUUAGUCCAAAGAACCUUUCUUAAUAGAUUUUAUUUUAAGUAGUCGCAGUUUUGCCUGCAUGUGCAAACAAUCAAGGUAAACAACAACAACAUUCUAAUAAAGUGCACUCUUGGUGGCCCCUCGCUGUUUGGCUCUCAGCAUAUUGUUUGGGAUGCUUCCUCUUCAAAUGAUUCGCAAGUCGAACCUGUUCUGUGCACAGAACAUUUGCCUGCACUUCAUCAGUUGAGGAAAAGCCAAACAAAUUCCAUAUAAUGGAAGUGGAUUUAGUGACCAACUCCAUUUGUCUUUCAGCCAUGACUCUCCAUGUGUCUACUGCUACACACAUAAACAAGGAGGCGGGUAAGAAAGCGCGUCACUGCUAAUUCGCUAUGAUUGGUCGGUCAGGUUGACGACGUAAUAUGUCUGGCGCGUCGGUGCAUCAGCAUAGAACUGCAAUUUAUAGAAUGUGUCCUAGACAAUCCUACGAUCUCUGCAGUUUGACAGAUCGUCUUCACGUUGUAAUCGUUCACGAUUUAAUAUCGUCAUAUCGCCCACCCCUAGUUCUGUUCAAUUCUUGUCACGUGAGACUUCACUUUGAGGAAGAUGGGCUUCAAAUGAACUGGUCACAUGACCCCCUGUGUCAACUCAAGUGAUGCCGAUGACAGGUUAAUACCUCAUGAGAGCGUAAAAGUGUUUUAGCCAUAUUUAAGAGUUUUUCCAUUAGUUAUUCCAUAACCAGUUGUUUAUUCCAAUAUUUGGGUCGCGCGGUGCUAGUCUCUGCAUAGGUGUCUCUGUUAUCGUCACAGUCUCCAGUCAACUUAAUGCAACUUAAAGUAUAAACCACUGUUAACCCCCUGUGAGGAGUGCAGGUUGGGGGAAAGAGUGGCGAGCCAUGAGUACACUUCAGAACUGGUAACCUUCAAUAAGUGCACUUAUUGGUUGAUGUUUGCUGUAGAAGAUGGAACACAAAUGUCCCCCCCCCCCCCCCCCAAAAAUAAAACAUUAUCUGGAGCAGUUUCAGUUUCAGGCCAGUACCAGAGCACUGAAUGUGCAUGAAAUUAUAAGUAUUUGUUUUUCCAAACCAACCUAGUUCCAUUAGUGUUUUUGAUCUGUGACUUAUUUUCAAAUAAAUAUAUAUAACCCAGGGAGCCCUGGUUACUAAAGUUAAUCUCCUCAGUCCAUAAAGUAAAUGUAAAGUGGUGUUUGUAUUCCAGUGAAGGUAUUUUUCUUUGUUUUCUUGGCGAACAGGCCAUAAAUGUGCUAGCUGUGAUACAGUUUCUUGCUUUAGUGUUCACUUUUCAGCCCCACAGGUCCUCCCCAUAUGUUGUAACAAUGAAAGAGUUUGAGUUCAUCUUCAGAAGGACUUCUUUUCUAAUGUCACCUUUUUUGUUUCCCCCCUGUUUAGUUUUUGAAGCCACUUUUUUCAGCUGCGACGAAUCAGUCAGGCAGACAGGCAGGCAGACCUCCACCGAGCCGAGUACAGACACCAUGGAUUGGUCAUCGUCCUCCACCUCCUCCAGCCUGAUGGCCAGCAGCAACGUGACCAACAAGACGGACCCGCGCUCCCUCAACUCCCGCGUCUUCAUCGGCAACCUCAACACCCUGCUGGUCACCAAGGCCGACGUGGAGGCCAUCUUCUCCAAGUACGGCAAGAUCGUCGGCUGCUCCGUGCACAAGGGCUACGCCUUCGUCCAGUACUCCAACGAGAGGAACGCCAGGGCCGCGGUGGCCGGCGAGGACGGCCGCAUGAUCGUGGGACAAGUGUUAGACAUCAACCUGGCAGGCGAGCCGAAGCCUCACAGGUCGAAGACGGUGAAGCGAUCUGCUGGAGACAUGUACAGUUCAUCUUUUGAUUUGGACUAUGACUUUCAAAGGGACUACUACGAUAGAAUGUACUCCUACCAGUCCCGGGUGCCUCCUCCCCCGCCUCCACUGUCCCGCGCCGUCAUCCCCUCAAAGCGUCCCAGGGUGAGUCUGAGCGGCGGCGGAGCCAGCCGACGAACAAAAGCCACCUUCCCCUCAUCCAAGAGCAGCCAAAGGUCUUCACGCACAAGCGAUCCGUUCGCUCACCGCCCCACAGUGAAGGCGGACGAUCUACAGACCAUCAAGAGAGAGCUCACGCAGAUCAAACACAAGGUGGACUACCUGUUGCAGAGUUUAGAGCGCAUGGAGAAGGAUCACAGCAAGAAGUCAGAGACGAAAAGCUCCAAACCAGAGUCUGGUGAAGUUUCCCCCCUCCACUCAUCUACCUCCAGCAAGAAGGAAGACAGCCUGAAGAGGGACAGAGAGAGCCAGGACCUGAACGACUCUGAGGAAGAGGAGGAGGAGGAGGAGGGGGAGGAGGGAGAUCUGCUGGAGGAUGAGGAUGAGAGGAAAAGCAGAGGGAGAGAGGAGGAGGAGGAGGAAGGCGAGCAAGAGGAAGGAGAGGACGACGGCGAUAGCACCAAUGAGUCCUGAACAUGACACAGGCAGACGAAACACACAAACUGAACACUACACAAAUGUACACAGUGGUCAUACGCUCAUAUCUGCUGAACCGACUGGACAUUUAUAUACAGUGUAUCGUACACGUUGCGCCUCUCACACAUACAUCAUUUUAUUUCAGGUCAGUAAUAUGAACACAUUUUCUUUUUAUGUGGACAUUUCCUGCCACUCUGAAACUUUUGGGUAAAGUUUAAAACGAUGGAUGCAUGAGGAUACAUUUAAUUAAGAUAUUAUUUGAGCUAUAAGCGAGUCCAGCUUAAAAAAUGAAAGGGAAAAAUAGAAUCCUCUAUAAGUAAUCCUGUGUUAACAAAAAUAGUGUCACUGGAACCACAAUGUGCCCAGGUUUGGGCAAUUUGAACUCUGAAUUUGAUCACAUUUUAACCUGUCCAGCUACUGUACAGCACCCUCCUGACCAACAGGUGGCAGCAAACCACAACCCCUCCCCCCGGCCACCUCAAGGACUUACCUCUGUUGCUCACAGAAAAAGAAAAAAACAAACCCCUUCUCCUCCUGUUUGCCAGGUAACCACACACACACAUCAUGCCCCACCACCCAGUUUCCUCAGAUCAAGUCCUCGCUGCCCUGAAAAUACUUCUGUUGUGUUGUAGGUUGCAUUUCAACCUUAACUGACCUUGAGUUGUGUAACGCAGUGAUGCUCCAUGUUCACCUCUUUGUUCCGUUUCUCUCGACCAGCCGCUCUGGUGAAAGUAAAUAAACGUGUUUUACAAUU